CAGCAUUUCGCAGGCUUUCCUCGUGAAAAAAAGGAAAAAUCUGCUCGUGCUUUCGCCCCUCCUUCGGUAGAUCCUACCCAACUCCGGCGGCGGCCAUGUCUUCCGGCGGCCGCUACAUGGCCUACUCGCCGUCGCCUUCCACGGGCCCGCACUCCCCUCGCCUCCCGCUCGCCGACCAUGAGAAGUACAUUGCGGAGUUGCUUGUGGAGAAGCAAAAGCUUGCCCCUUUCAUGCAAGUUCUUCCAUGCACAUCUCGGUUGUUGAAUCAAGAAAUAUUGCAUGUAUCUGCACUCUUGGGGAUUCCUGUUUUAGAUCAGCCUGGGUAUCAGCAUGGUAGCCCCCUUAUAAACGGAGGAGCAAUACCAAAUGGAAGGCCUGUUGAAAUGAAUGGUUGGGCGCCAGCAAUUCCAUCUGAAGGGGCAGGCAUGUUCCAUCCUCCAUCUAGAAAUUGGGUCAGUCCACAAGGCAACUCCUCAGGUUUUAUUGUCAAGAAAACAAUGAGAAUGGACAUUCCUGUGGAUAAAUACCCUAAUUUCAACUUUGUGGGUCGACUACUUGGUCCAAAAGGAAAUUCCCUUAAGCGAGUUGAGGCAAACACGGACUGCCGUGUCCUGAUUAGAGGCCGUGGCAGCAUAAAGGAUGCUGCUAAGGAAGAGCUGAUGAGGGGAAAACCAGGAUAUGAACACCUUAAUGAGCCUCUCCACCUUGUGAUAGAAGCUGAGCUGCCAGCAGAAAUCAUUGAUAUCCGUCUUAUGCAAGCCCGAGAAAUUCUCGAUGACAUGCUGAAACCUGUGGAUGAAUCAAUGGACUUCUUCAAGAAGCAGCAGCUUCGCGAGCUUGCCAUGCUAAAUGGUACCCUUAGAGACAACAGCUCGCGAAAGUCAGGGUCGGUCUCCCCAUUUCGCAACAGCAUGGGCAUGAAGAGGGCCAAGACUCGUGGUUAAACCGCAAAGGUUACCUUUUAACUCUCUCCAAGUUGAAGACAUCUCUUAUGUGAGAUUUAAAUUUGCUGCCUGAAGUCUGAAGUAUAUGUUGCAGUUGUGGCGAGAGAACCAUAUCCCUGGUUGUGGUUGUGGCUGUGGCUGUGUAGUAUGCUACUGUUUACUCUAGACGUCUAAUCUAGGGGGGAGAAUGUGAUAUGCGAUUUUGGUAGGCUUGUAUAGCUCAACAUGUUGGUCACCUAUAGAAACGACUGAUUAUAUGGAACCUAACUGGGUAGUGCUUUUAUGCCAUCUUAGUGCAUAUGACCAUUGUUGAUCUGGAAAUGGUCAAUAUUUCGUUUGUGUUAUUAGUGCACGGUGUAAGAAGUAGCUUUAUUGGAUUAUUGUAGGACAUGUACGGUUCAGAAUAGCUGAGAAGCACAUUGUUUGAGACUGGUACUAGCAGCGAUCCGAUUCAAGACUGCAUCAAUAUAGUGCCGUUGUCUUAAAAA